AAAAAAAUACAAGAAGCAAAAUUAGUAACUGAAUAUGGAACUGAUCUAGAUUUAAGUGAAAAAUUACGAUAUUUACUUGUCUUGGCUUUUCUUCCACCUGAAGAAAUUCUUGCUGCAUUCAAUAUUUUAAAAAAAAAAUACCACCAAUUGCUCAUAAAUAAUCAACCUCUUUAUCUACCAGAAUUGUGGUCAAUUUAUAGCUCUGUUGAAUCUGGAUUUCCGCGUACUCAAAAUAAAGUAGAGGGAUGGCAUAACCGUUGGAAUAAACUAGUUAGUGGUAAUCAUUUAGGUGUUUAUUCAAUUAUUGAAGAGAUGCAAAAAGAACAACAAAGAGUUGAUUGUCAAGUUGAAAGAAUUCUUAAUGGAGAACAAAGACCUACACCUAAAAAAAAGCAAUUGACCGUGAGAAACGAAUUAUAA